GUUGUGAGCGCACACAGUAUGGAAGCGGGGCGCUUGUAGCCCUGGUGUUGGACACAUCUCGCAUUCAUGCAUCCUGCACAGGCUCUGCGGAUCUGCCUCCUGCUCUCCAGCCUCCUGCUCGCCCGGGCUGAGGAGAGCAGCUACCGCUUCGAGAGCAGCACCAACAACAUGGCCAUGAGCAGCCGGGGGGGCGGCAGGGUGUUCGUGGCCAGUAACAACUACUUGCACCAGUUCACCCGGGGGCUGGUGCUGGAGCGCUGGAACCGCACCGGCCCGCGUCUGGACGGACCGUGUGAGAAGAGCCAGGGCUGCUGCCAGCGCUGGACCAACACCACCAAUGUCAACCGCAUCUUGGUGGUGGACGAGGGCAACCGGCACCUCAUCACCUGCGGCACCGUGAGGGGCGGCGCCUGCGAGAUGCGCCAGCUCAGCGACAUCAGCGAUUCCCAGCAGAACGAGAAGGGCCGAGUGGCCACACUGGACUUGAGGGCCUCCACCCUGGCUUUCCCGUUGCUUAUCGACAAUUCGACCCACAUGCUGACCGCCGUCACCUCCACGGGCGAGGGCAGCAGGUUCAUCCCCGCCAACUGCAAGGGCGAUGACAGCUACUACGAGAUCAAGGAAACCCGCAUCCUCUUAAGGUCUCUGGAGGGCCAAGUGACCGGGAGCCUCUUCCUCAACUACGAUUCCGCAUUUGAUGAGCCGUCCGUAGACCUGCCAACCUCCGAGGAGCACCAAUUCGUGCAGGGUUUCCACCUUAACGGCGCAAUCUACAUCUCAGUCAAUGCAGCCAACGCCAAAGUCGUCUUCGCCAAUGUUUCUAGCGUCAGGGAAGGCGUUCUGGUCAACGUCUCCUGCAGCUUAGCUGGGAGUGGGCCCCUCCAGGUCUUGUCGUCUGCCCUGGUCAGCACCGCCGGCUCCCCGUCCUUCCUGGCCGCUGUGCUCUCUCGCCAGGAACAGCCGCAACACAAUGCGCUCUGCCUCUUCGAGUUGGGGCGUUUCAACGCCGUCAAAAAGGAUCUUAUCGCUAUGCGCAAAAUAGCCAUUGCUUCGGACACAAUAGACAGUACGCCGUUAUUUAGUUACUCUGGAUUGUUAUCUGUGUCAGCUACGUUGGAGAGGAACUGGGCUGUCAUAUUCCUUGGAGCAGAAGAUGGACGAUUGAUUAAGCUGGUUCUGGAUGAAAACAUGAAAGUACUUCGGCCGAGUAUUCUGAUUGAACUACAAGAUGAAUCUCCAAUUAAACACAGCAUAAUGUUUGAUAAAAUAGAUCCACAUUACUUCUACCUGUUAACUGAGAGGAUGGUGAGACGGCUGAAGGUGGCAAACUGUAGCAAAUACAGUUCGUGUGAACGUUGUUUGUCGGCACAGGACCCGUACUGUGGAUGGUGUGUGAACGAGGAAAGGUGCUCCUUUAACAGUGAAUGCCAAAAAACAAUUUGGAUAAAGUUCACAGGACAAGCUGAUAGUUGUCCAAAAGUUGCCUUUCAACCUUCGGCAAUUGCUGAUACUUUGGACAAGGCACAGCAUUUUAAAGUGAUAUUAAAAGGGAAUCUUGGCAAUGUAAACAGACAAAAGGGAGAGUGUAUGAUGAGGAACACCAAGACGAGUGAGAUUAUUUGCCAUGCCAAUUACAGCACUUAUUGCCUCUGCCGUCUGUCCAGCGAGACCUACCUUCAGCUCAGCAAUCAGAUAGACCCAUUCGUAGAGGCAACUUUUCAAUUAAUGUCCCUGAACAUCACCAUCAAGCUGCAUAAUUGUUUUAACAGUCAUGCCUCCCGCGGUAACAGUCCAUGUUCCAAUUGUGUUAAUUCUGGAUGUUACUGGUGGGCGACAGAGCAAAAGUGCUCUCUAUUUCCUAAUCUAAGUAAAAUGCAGGCCUGCCCUCAUGUUACUCGUGCAGAACAAUCUACACAGUUAGACCUGCACAUUUACCUGAAAGAUGCUGAAAUUCUCGAAAAAUCUAACCUGAGCUGUGUAUAUAAUGGGAAAGUCGAAUUGACAUACUCAGCCAUGUGGAUUAACAAAUCUGUCAUCAAAUGCGGCAGGCCCACGUUUGAUGAUGAACGAAGGAUAAUUCCUGUGAACCUUAUCCAUACUAAUGAUGCCAAAAAUAUUAUUGACAAUCCAAACAGUAUCACAGUUUAUAGUUGUGAUGACCGGAAGGCAGACUGUGUUUUCUGUACGCCACAAAAGAGUUGCACGGAUUCGAUCGUUACGUCUAUAAAUCCAGACCGUGUGGCCUCAUCAGAGAGGAACACAUUGAGCAUUGUUGGGAAAAGGCUAAAUGUUGGAUCGAGAGCUUCACUGCAGAUCUAUGGGAUGGCUGACCACAGUGCAGACAUAUCAAACGAUUGCACGAUUGAGAACAGCACUUUGGUGAAAUGUGUAUUACCAAAGGCAAUCCAUGGCAAGAAAACUAUGUGCUUGUUAUAUGAUUCUGAAGAGGACUGUGCGGCUAACAGAACUGCUUUCCUGGAGUAUGUCACCAACAUCCGUGUGACUGAGAUUCACCCAGCAGUAUCCUGGCUUGAUGGAGGACGAAGAAUGACAAUAAGUGGCAAAAAUUUUGAUGUGGUUAAACAGAUGCAGAUAUCAUUAUCUGAAGGUCGCAGGUCAUGGAUUGAGUGUUCACCUGGUCAAGUGAACUGGACCUGUGAAUCUCCAUUUAUGCAAAAUGGGAUUCCAGGUAACUACUCUGUAUUUUUUCGCUUCUCUGGAUCUGAGCAGCAAGUCAAUAUGAUAUACCACGAGAAUCCUAUAUUUUACAACUUCACAGAGGUUAUUGACGAAAAACAACUCCUGAUAACUGUGAUGCGCAAGAAAGAUAGUUUACAUCUUUUUAAAAGUGACGUUAAGAUCUUCGUUCUCAGGGGUGCAGACGGUCCGUUGGAAUGUAACAUUACAGAAGUGAUGGACGACAAAAUAAAAUGUGUAUUAAACACAACUCACAUUUCAAUAUCAGAAUUAGAGGUGAGAAUUGGACAAAAAUACAGUAGUAAACUAAUUCCUUCACCUAUCAACAACCCCAUUUUAUUUGGAUUAUUUGUGAUCCCUGUUAUGCUGGUGAUUUUCAUUGUCAUAUAUUGUUGGGCAUCACGUCAGAAAGACAAGCAAUUCUCUAAAAAACUGGAUUGCCAAAUGGAGCUCUUGGAAAGUCAAUUCCGGACACAAAUUCGAGAAGGUUUCGUUGAGCUGCAGACUGAGGGAUCAGAUGUGUGCCUGCUGAGGGAUUAUAACAGUAUCCCAUUCUUGGAUUAUAAGCAUUUUGCAACAAGAACAUUCUUUCCUGAGUCGGCAAAUGAAUCAAGUGAAACAAGCUUCGUCAAGGAUCUGAUCGUCACAAUGCCUCAGCGUGCACAGGAACAAAGCGACCUGAAUCAAGGAUUUAAUGCUUUGUACAAUUUCUUGAACAAUGAACGGUUUCUUGUGAUCUCAAUACAUGUUCUUGAGCAACAGAAGGAUUUCACCAUUAAAGACCGGUGUCGGUUUGCUUCGUUUCUCACUAUCGCAUUUCACAGUAACUUGGUUCACCUGACCAACGUGCUUGAUCAUCUCCUCAAAGACUUGAUGGAUCGAUCAUCUGCGCAACCAAAGCUGCUGUUACGCAGCACAGAGACGGUGGUGGAGAAGCUGCUGACAAACUGGGUGUCACUUUGCAUGUAUGGCUUUCUGAGGGAGUCUGUUGGAGAGCCAUUAUUUAAGCUUGUAUCUGCAAUCAAGCAGCGGAUUAACCUUGGUCCAGUGGAUGCCAUCAGUGGGAAAGCACUCUACACACUCAAUGAAGACUGGUUACUGUGGCAGGUUACUGACUUUAAACCUCUGAAAUUGGACGUUGCAUUUCAACUGAAUACUGAGGCUGACGUAGAACGCGAUCACGACAGCAGCUCCAGAUUUGAAGUGGAGGUUUUGGACUGUGACACUAUAGGACAAGUAAAGGAGAAGAUUUUUGAGACUUUCUACAAUAAAUAUGGUUACUCCCAAAGGUGGCAAAUGGAAGAUAUUGACCUGGAGGUUAUUGAGAAGGGAGAACAUCAAAGACUACAAGACAUUGAUCAGACAUCACAGGAGCUUGAAGGUGGAAAGAAGAAGUUAAACACGAUUGGCCAUUAUCAUAUUCCAAAUGAAGCAUCUUUAGUUGUGAUUAGAAAAAGAGAAAAAGGCUCAAAGCCAGUUAUUCCGGAUAGUGAGUGGGCAGACAAUCUUUGUCACUUGAUCUCACCACAGUCAGUAUCUGUAGAAUCCCCUGUACCAGAACAGGGCAAAAAAAAGUUCAAAGUCAAAGAGAUGUAUCUAACAAAGCUGGUGUCCUCCAAGGUUGCACUUCAGUCUUUUGUUGAGAACCUAUUUAGAAGCAUCUGGAGCUUGCACAAUGGCAAGCCACCUAUUGCCGUUCGGCACAUCUUUGACAUAUUGCAAGAACAGGCCAACAACAAGAAGAUAACCGAUCCUGACGUAUUGCAUAUCUGGAAGACUAAUAGUCUUCCUCUCCGUUUUUGGGUAAACGUUAUUAAAAACCCCCAGUUCGUGUUUGACAUUGAGAAAACGUCGCACUUGGAUGGCUGCCUCUCUGUCAUCGCCCAGGCUUUCAUGGACUCAUUCUCUCUAUCAUCACAACACCUCGGGAAGCACUCUCCAACGAAUAAAGUGCUUUAUGCCAGAGACGUUCCUCAUUACAAGGAGGAAGUGAAAGGUUAUUACAGAUAUAUUGCGGACCUGGGCUCGGUGAGCGAAGAGGAGCUGAAGAAUUUUCUCACCGAGGAAUCCCAGAAACAUCAGAAUGAAUUUAAAGAAAAGGAUGCCAUGAUUGAACUUGGGAAAUACAUCCAAAAAUAUUCUGUUCAGUUGGAGAGUGGACCGGAGGGCGAGGACCUAACCAACAUGAGGGACGCCAUCGUGCAGAUCCGUGAAUACUACGUCCAGAAGUCGACCUGCUCGUGGGAGUGAGCGCGCUGCCGGCGGCGGCCUGUGGCCCGUGUGCGCUCCCCAUUCCACACCCACAGCGGCAGUCAGCCCAGGCUGGUCAUCGGUGGCACUGCACCCCCAACGCUGAGCCACCAGCUGAUGGACCUGUCAUCCCUUGAAUGAAGCUUUAGAACCAUGGGUCUGCAAAUGCUGGUUUAUACCAAAGAUAUGCAUAGAGUGCUGAAGUAACUCAGUGGGUCAGGCAACAUCUCUGAAGAAAAGGAAUACCAGUGAACCAGGGAAUUACUGAGGGAAUGGUCUCAGCGGAAAGGGGUGGAGAAGGAAAGAUGUGACUUCUAGUGGGAUCCCGUUGGAGGUGAAGAUAAUGUUGGAGGAUGAUGUAUUGCACCUCUCCGUACAGUCUGAAGAAGGGCUCCGACUCAAAACGUCACCUAUUUUUCUCUAGCGAUGCUGGCUGACCUGCUGAGUUACUCCAGCAUUUUGUAUCUACCCCUUGAAGUUUUGUGCAUUUUGCUAUUUUUGUCUGUUAUAUUUAGGCCUAUUCAACCCGAAAAGUCAAGGUAAUUAUUUCACAGCAGUUGAAGCCUCAUAUAAACUUCAAAUCCCAAAUGUAAACAGAAAAUCCUAGGGUAUACUCAUUAGGUGAGGCAGCAGCUGUGGGAAGGAGAAACAAAGUUAACGUUUGGCACACUAAAAUCAAUGGAACAGGUUUUAAUUUAAUCUUGGCGAACUCAGCUGGUCAACUUCUUCCAGCGUUCUGUUUUUGUUCUGGAUUAUUUCAUCUGCAAUCUCUUUACUCUUUCGAAACAAGUCUGUUGUGUCUGAGAAUUAUAUAUGCGUUUUGCACAAAUGUUCAUUAUGUCAAAUAAAUGGAACCGACAAUGUUUACAAAGCAGGUGGUCUAUCUUGUCAUAGAGUGAUACAGUGUGGAAACAGGCCCUUCGGCCCAACUUCCCCACACCAGACAAUGUCCCAGCUAUACUAGUCCCACUUGCCUGCGCUUGGUCCACAUCCCUCCAAACCUGUCCUAUCCAUGUCACCUCCAGCAUUCUCUCCCACCUUACCUUGUAAAUCGAUGUCACUACUUACAUGUCUCACAAACAGAGCAUUAACAUUACCGGAAAUACUUUCUAAUUGACUGUCAUGGGGCAUAGUGGAUGUGUACAAUGGUGACACAAAGUACAAGGGCAGUGUCCAUUUGCCAUUGUAGCAUCCAUCUCUAUGUUGUCCUUCGUUUUAACAAAUACUGCAUUUGCUGAGAUUGUUCAUUUUGUUUGCACUAAAAUAAACUACUUUUCUACUUUUUA